GUUAGCUAGGAGUAAAAUGACAAAAUGUAAAUGAGGAGAAAAAAAUAUCGAAAAAUUUAGUUUACAACUGUUAAGGACAUCAGGUGGUUGUCUGUCGAGAGUGUUCUCAAUUUUUCUCUCCUAUGUACACAUAUGCGUGAUAUAUCAUACGUACGAUAUUGAAAUGAAAUGUGAGUGUUACAUUUACGAGCGAAAUCUAUACGUACGUAUAUAUAUGUAUAUACAUGUGUAAGUACGUAUAUUGCUAACAGUUCGUGUGGUGGCUGUCAAAAAGUGAAAGGUUGUCUAUCCCCACACAAUCUAGAUUCGCUGUCGAACACCCAACCACUCUCUGCUACCAAUGCAGAUAUAUAUUUUCAUUCAGUCUUUUGCUAUACGCGGGUAAAGCGGUGUCCCCAAUAAAUAUAAAUAUACGUAUUUGUACCCACUAUACCCACCUUAACGUAUAUGCCGUACGUAAUAUACCCGAGUUUGACCUAUAUGUACGUAUAAUGUGGUAAUGAUUUGUCCGGAAAAAUUUGAAUCAGUGUUUACACGUAAUAGAUAAUAGUUCAAAAUCAUAACACCGUGAUAAUAAUGACGAUGAUGAACACGAUGACGACCACGAUGACGACGAUGAUGAACCGCUAGCUGAAUAGUUGUGAGAUCCUCGAGGUGUUGGAAGGAUGUUUUGAUUUAAUUUUAUUAUUUAUAAAGUUCGAAUAAACCGGCAAAGUUAUGGCGAAGAAAAUGAUUAAACAACCGGUCGGUCAAAUAAGUAUUAUGGAGGAAGAAUCUUUGAUCGAACGUCGGAGAACAGUGACUUUAAAAGAAUGUGCUGAUAUCAUGAAUAGCAACGGUACUAUUCGAUACAAUCGUGAUGGAUUUAGGAGACUAUUCCAAGACGAGAAUUUUAUGGACAGAUUGUUCAUUUUAUUCGACCACGAUCAAGAUGGAUUACUUAUUCAGGACGAUUGGAUUGAAUUUUUGAAGGAGAGAUUAACAACAGAAAAGCAAAUAGACUUCGCUGGACAGAUAGAAAGCGUCGCUUAUGUUCUUUGUGGCGAUGAAGCAGUGAAUGUUUUCACUUUUCGACAAAUUCUCAAAGCUAAAGGAAUCAUUGAUAAAAUAUUUCGUUUUCUCGACCUCGAGAGUACUGGAUACGUAACUACAACACAAAUUAUGGAAUUCAUCACUAGUAUCACUAGCAUUAGAUCGCGAGCUGGAUUUGACAAGGAGAGCUUGGCCUGUCUCGAAAAUUUGUUUAAACAAACUGUUGGAAAUGAAAAGGAAAUACGUAGAGAAGAGUUCAAAAAAAUCGUCAUAUCUAAGAACCCAUUUUUCACGGAGAGAGUUUUUCAAAUAUUUGAUAAGGAUAAUUCAGGGACAAUAUCGUUGCAAGAAUUUCUCGAUUCCAUGAAUCAAUUUGCUGGUAAGACGCCGGAUGAUAAAAUAAAGUUUUUGUUCAAAGUCUACGACAUUGACGGCGAUGGAUUAAUUCAACACCGAGAACUUCAGCAUGUUAUGCGUGCUUGUAUGGAAGAAAAUGGUAUGACGUUUAGUGAAGAGCAAAUAGAAGAUCUAACUAUCGCAUUAUUCGAGGAUGCCGAUCAGGAGAACAGGGGAGCGAUCACUUUUGAGUCAUUGAAAAAUGUUUUGGAGAAGCACGAUGGCCUGUUGGAAAAUUUGUCAAUCAGUAUUGACCGUUGGUUGGUGCCGCCAAAACCAGAACCGACUCCUCCAAAAUCAGUCUGCCGGACAUUGACUGCUCUGAGGCCGUAUCAGUUGACAAAACCAUACAUGAAGAAUAACUACGUUUACAUCAUAUUUAUAAUGGCAUUUCUGAUUGUCAAUGUUGCUUUGUUUGUAUCAAGAGCGAUACAGUACAAAUCGUCAAAUGGUUUUGUAAUAUUAGCGAGAGCUUGCGGUCAGUGCUUGAAUUUCAACUGCGCUUUCAUACUGGUAUUGAUGCUAAGGCACUGUAUAACGUUCUUGAGAACCCAUGGAUUCAGCUCGUUCAUUCCUCUCGACCAGCAUAUUUACCUUCAUAAAAUAACUGGCGUACUCAUAGGAUUUUACAGUAUAAUCCAUACAAUUAUGCAUCUCUUUAAUUUUAACAUGAUCGUCAUUCAUGAUAAUCAGAUGAAUAAAGGAAAUUUCACAUACGCGGAAUGGAUAUUUACCUCCCGACCACAAAUGUUUGGCUUAGUAGCCGGUGCAGCAAAUCCAACUGGUGUAGCAUUGAUUUUCAUAUUGACGUUGAUGGUAAUAUGCUCUAUGCCGUUCGUGAGACGAGGGGGAUGUUUUGAGAUUUUCUAUUGGACUCAUUCCUUGUAUGUUCCUUUUUGGAUUUUACUAAUCUUCCACGGGCCAAAUUUUUGGAAAUGGUUCGUUGGUCCUUGCGCUCUUUAUCUUUUGGAGCGACUCCGUCGGGUUGUGUGGCUUCGUUCGCAACAAGGAAACACAUACAUCUGUUCCGGUCUACUUCUACCAUCCAGAGUUACUCAUCUCGUGAUUAAAAGACCGCAUAACUUUGAUUUUCAUCCCGGCGAUUACGUAUUCGUCAAUAUUCCAGCUGUUGCCAAAUACGAAUGGCAUCCGUUUACCAUUAGCAGUGCUCCAGAACAAGAAGAUUAUAUGUGGCUUCAUAUUCGUGGUGUUGGCGAAUGGACGAAUACUUUAUAUUCGUACUUUGACAGGGAACAGAUGAAACUUCAUAGGGGAGAAAUAUUACCGGUCGAAUGCUGCCCUCGUCGAAAAAGUGGGCAAAAGAAUAUUGUAAAUUUUUCAUCGGACGUAGAUGAGAAUUUAUCCAGGAAUAGUGAAGUGAACGUUUCACUUCGGCAUGCUAAAGAAACCAAGGGUGCGGUGAAUCCGAAUUUUGUAGAGGACGAGAACAGGCAUCCGGAACCAAACGCAACGUUCGGCGAGGGUUACGAUUCGAAGCCGUGCCCGAAAAAAGGACAAAAUGUACAAUUGCGCAGGCUAGUUCUUAGUACCAAAAUGCCUCUUGAGAAAUCAAUUUCGAUGCCAGACAUGCAGACUCGAAGAAAAAAGAGGGAACGAAUACUAGCCCUUCGUGACUACGUAAGAUCUGAAUCAGAACCAAGUUUUGACGAAUGCCAAAUUCGAAGAGCUCGUCUGAAGUCAUUAGGAUUGGCUUAUUUGAGUCCGCAAAAUAAAUCUCUGGCUCAAAGCUUCCGUUACAUGAGAAUGAAACCUACGAUAAUAGCUUUCAAAACACCGAGCUUAGAUCGCUGCGGGGCUGAAGAUUUACCUAAUACUGACCUGGGAACAGCAGAAUCUAGCCAUCCACCUACUCCCAUGGCUGCUGAAGAAGGAAUAGUUAAGAAGUUUUAUCUCCAGGAUACGCAGAGUCCUAACGCAAUGAAACCAGAGUUAUUACACACUCCGGUUAAUUACCCCGUUGGGAAACCUUUGGAAAUUUAUCUAGAUGGUCCCUACGGCGCUCCUUCCAGUCAUAUAUUCCAAGCACAACACGCGGUAUUAAUUGCAACAGGUAUUGGGGUGACUCCGUUUGCCUCGAUUCUCCAAUCAAUAAUGCACAGAUAUUGGAAAGCGCGACAUUGCUGCCCCAAAUGUCAAUUUUCAUGGGCUAGUGAAAUUCCACCGACGAUUAUGCAUCUGAGAAAAGUGGACUUCUUCUGGAUUAAUCGGGACCAAAAUUCGUUCGAAUGGUUUGUCAAUUUGCUAUCACAGCUAGAAAUGGAGCAGGCCGAGCUCGGAGCGACAAUGGAAAGAUUUUUGGAGAUGCAUAUGUACAUUACGAGUGCCUUGCAAAAAAAUGAUAUGAAAGCUGUCGGUCUUCAACUAGCAAUGGAUUUAUUACAUGAAAAGGAAAAGCGAGACCUUAUUACCGGAUUGAAAACCAGAACUAACGCAGGUCGUCCAAACUGGGAUAAAGUUUUCAAGCAGUUACAGGAUCAAAAAAAAGGUAAGAUUACUGUAUUUUUCUGUGGCCCAUUGCAAUUAGCACGUAUAUUGAGAUAUAAGUGUGAUCAAUUUGGGUUCAACUUUAGAAAGGAAGUUUUUUAAUCUGCGGUCUUUAAUUUAUUGUAAAUCAAAAUGUAAAAAUAAAUAGAUUUUCUAAGUAUUAUGAUUGAUAGGUGUGAAUUGAUAGAAUACUAAAAGUAUUGUGUUACUUAUUUUGGUGCCAAUUACACUUGAUCUGAUACAAAAAUCUUCAUAUCUUGUUCAGACUUGAACCUCUGAACACCAACUCAAAGUAUUGUGUAACAAUCAAUUUCCAAAAACGUGUGAAUACUUCAUUUUUCAAAGCAAUCCACAAUAGACAUAAUUUAUUAAUUGAGAGCAAAUAAAAUUAUUUCUAUUUUGGAUUUGAGGUGAAUAAAGUGAUUGGGAAUUGUUUAAAUACUGUAGUAUUUAAUGUUAGCCAAAAUGUCUUGCCAUUAUUAUACCGAUACAUAGACUAUGAAAUGAAGGAUUUUUGCCCAAGAAAUCGCUGUAUUUGGCGAGGGUUGCCAUAUAAAUAUUACGCGAGUUAUGUAAAAAGUGCCUUAACUGAUUAUUUUCUUUGUAAUCAUAUGGCUAAGAUUGUAGUCACUUAAUUUAUUGAAGAAAAAUUUUUUUGUCAUCUAUGCCUCAAAACAACAUAUUCGAUCAAGCUAAUUAAUAGUUGUUCUAAUUUGAAUAUUGACUGACAUCAAUUGUACUGUUAACUCAAUAUCAAAUUGUGAAAAAUUUUGAUCGAAUAUCUCAUGAUUUUAACGAAGAAAAAUAAUAUGUUGUAAAUCUAAUUAAAUCUAGGAUUGAUAGUGGUAGUUUAUGUUAUAUAAACUUAUGUACUGUCCUAUUUAAACCAUCUAAGCCUGUAACAUGGCAAGGAAAUAUUUAUUAUAGUUACAAAA